AUGGAGGCGAGCGCGGGAGACAACCAGAGCUCAGGCAACACACACGAGAUCAAGGUCAAGACGCUCAAUGGGCAGGUUUACAGCUACUCCGUCUCCAAGGAAACGCUCAUCUCGGAAUUGAAAGAAAAGGUCGCUGAAUCUACAGGCAUCUCGGCUGACACGCAGCGGAUAAUCUUCCGUGGAAAGGUGCUGAAAGACAACUCCUCUGUCAGCGAGUACAAGGGGCUGCUCGAUGGGGGAUCGACUGUGCAUGUCGUCACCAGGGCACCGGCCUCCUCGGACCCAGGAGAGCAAGCGGCGAGAGACGAAGGGCAUUCCGCAUCCGACCGACAGCAGGAGAUGCCAGGAGGAUUCCAAGGGUUCCAUGGCAUCCCAGGGAUCCCGUUGCCCGGGGGCAUUCAGGCCGGGCCGGGUGUGAUCAUGGGAGGCAUCACAGUAUCAGGAGACAACGCGGCGCUGAAUCCCGGGACGAUCCAUCAAGUUCUGCAGCAGGUGAUCGGAGACUUGAACCUUCAAAACGCCCUCCAAGGCUUUCGGGCCCGGCAGCCGCAUACGAUCGAGUCAAGGCUGAACUCGAUGAGAGUUUUCCUGCAGCACCUCACGGAGUUUCAAGUCUCCGUAGACACCCUUGCCUCCCAGUACAGCAUCCGCCAAGAGCGCGGGCUGCUCCAAGACAACUCGGCCCAGCAGGGGCCCGGAGGUCAAGUGCAGGAGAUGCACGACCAUGUAACGUGCGACGGCUGUGGGAUGAGCCCGUUCAUCGGUCCUCGCUGGAAGUGCUCUAACUGCCCGGACUUUGACCUCUGCGACGUUUGCUAUCAAGACUUUCAGCGGACAGGAAACCGACAUGUCAGCGGGCACACGUUCACCCGCAUGCAGCCCAGGUUGUCUAAGUUGUCAGAAGUCAUCGGGAUAACAGGAAGAUCGAUGGAGCAAUUUUCUCGUCAGCUUGCAAGGCUGGAGGGGCUUGUGAGGGAUGAGGAGCGGCUGCGAGGAAGAGAGCGAGACGAGGCUGAGGGGCUGGCGUAUCACCUUGCUCCUGCUCUCCGAGACUUGGGGAUGUUACUGUCUGACCUUUCUCCUCUCAUCUCCAACUUGAUGUUCGGUGAAGAACCUGCGAGUGGAAGCAUCGACCAGACCGCCAGGGAGGUCUUUCAUCCCCCUGCCUACCAGAGGGUCGAGCAAGCUCGCUCUCAAGCUCAGAACGAAUUGCGGCGAGGAGAAGAGGAAGAAUGGCAGGGUGAGCAGCAUGCGGGCCAUGAGGCUCAAAGAGGGGACGGGAGUCACCCGACUCCCCAGAACGAGAGGAGAGAGGAGGAUGGUUCAUCGUCUGCUGGGGGCGGGCCGAGGCCUUCGCCGCUGCCUCCUCCUCCUCCUCCUCCUUCCUUCAGCUUCCGUGCCGGGGGGUUUGCAGGUCAGGGGGUGAGAGCAGCGGACGGGCGAAACGCGUCAGCCGGUCAAGUCCUGCAGUUUGUCAACUCCUUGCUGGGCAGCGUCGCCACGCGGAUGAACCAGGGAAGGAGUCAGGCUAGCGGCAGCAGGCAGGAAGGGGAGGGGACAGCAGCGCCGGUGCCGGACUCUGAUGCAUCCCAGCCACCAGCUAGCCAACCUCAUCAUGCUGGACAGCAGGGCUCCCAGCUACCUUUCCAGCAGGAACGGCAGCCCCAGCAGCAGCCCCAGCACAGUCACCAACCCCAGCAGAUGCCAGCGCCUGCUCCCUUCCAGCUGCCCCCCAACAUCGCAGUAGCUAUUCCUCAGGCGCUCAUGGCAGCCAUGCAACGAGCUCAGCAGCCUCCUCCUCCUCCUCCUCAGUCGGGAACGUCGGCACAAGGAUCAAUGCCAUCAAAUCCCCAGGCAGCCUCCUCCUCCUCCUCCUCCUCCGCCUUCCCUUUCACCGCUCCUUCCUUCUCCGCCUCCGGUGCAGUGCCCCAGGGCUUUGCGCGGGUUACCAUCCAGCAGUUCGGAGCGCCGCAGGAGCAUUUCCCGCAGGGAGGAGGGCGAGGGCAGCCGAGCGUGGAGGAAGUGAACAACAUGCGGAGAAUGAUGAGCCAGACUCAAGCAGGUCAUUCAGCUGGGGGUCAGGCGGGAAUCUCCGGCAAUCAGGCGGAUCAUUUUCUUUCUCAGCUCCUCGGGGGGACGGUGGACAUGAGCGGAGUGCCUGUGCCACUUGCCACUCUGCUAGGUGGGGUGGAGGUGGACGGGGGGCAGGAGGCCGAGCGAGACUUCUUCGCUGCUCUCUUCUACUCGCUCUCCUCCUCCGACGUCGCAGCCCUGGCGCAAGGCGACUUGUCGGCCCUCGAGCGGUGGAGAGUCCCGAUGACGGAGAGCGUGAAAGAAACUUUCUAUGACCCCGACGGGGAGGCGAUCACGCACGACGACCUGCAGGAGGCAGCGCACAUGCUCCUGUACGCGAUGAUGGGUUCGAGAUCAGUCGAGGAAUGUUUUGAUGAAGAUGUUGGAUCGAAGCUCAAGGAGGGGAGGAACCUCCAUUCCCUUCACACCACCAUCUAUUUCCAGAUGCUUCGGGCUGCCAUCUCCUUCUUGCGCCUGGCCCCCGAUGCUGACGGCAUUGAGCAGAUCCUCACCUUCGAUCAACCUCGAACUCCUGCUGAUCCUCUCCCCUUCGCUCGCCAAGUCGUCGACUUCUUCCGCUCCUCUCUGCAGACCAUCGUCUCUGAAGUCUCCGAGCUCUUUCGCACGGACCCACAGGAUUCAGCCAUCUCCGCUCUCCUCCGCGUCUUCGACAAACGAGUGACCCCCAACCUCCCGUCUCGCCAGGACCUUCACUGUUUCCUCGUCGCCUGCGUCCAUGACGCCUUCAACUCUCUCCGACCCUCUCGAGCUGCCCAGCUUUCUCCAGCUCAGCCCCCAGCUCAGCUCCCAGCUCAGCUCCCUGGUCAGCUCCCAGCUCAGCCCCCAGCUCAGCCCCCAGCUCAGCCCUCAGCUCAGCUCCCAGCUCAGACCUCAGCUCAGCUCCCAAGUCAGCUCCUAGCUCAGACCUCAGCUCAGCCCUCUCUUCAGCCCUCAGCUCAGCCCCCAGCUCAGCCCUCUCUUCAGUCACUAGCUCAGCUCCUAGCUCAGCUCCCAGCUCAGCCAUCUGGGACGGGGGUGAGCGGGGGAGAGAGCGAGUGGACAGAGGGGCUGGAGGAGGAGGAGGAGGAGGCCAUGAGGGAGGCGUUUGAUCGCGACAGAGACGCGCAGGUAGAGGAGGCAAGCAGGCAGCUGGGCUUCUCCGACUCCUACCUCAAGGCCGUCCAUCCCCGCCACCUCCACCUGUACCGCCAGCAGGAGCUGAGUAAUCCCUUCGUUCCACCUGCGCCCCAGGAGGAGGAUGACAUGUACAGCUAG